UUCUUCACACGCGGCAGUGAACGUCGGUUACAUCUGACACGCGCAACAUCACCCUAUCGUCGGGCAUGUGAAUUCAUCGAACGGUGAAUGAGACGACCCUUUUUCCCGCCCCAGACGAGACGCUAUGACUUUAAGAGUAUUUUGUUGACCAGUGCAAGAUUCGAGCAGACUUCUUACGAUGGAACUCAAGCACGUGAUUGCCACGAUAAUUAAGAUCCUGAUAUCGACGUUGCUGGUUGCGGCCUUUGUAGCUCAUGCGCACGGCGCGGCCCUGAUGGGUGGCCACCUCGACAACGUCAACCAUCCCCAAAUGACUAGCGUCAAUGCGGACGUCUUUUACAACGAAUACGGCACCGUCGAGGGCACGGAAGACGUCAAGAACGACACAUCGACGGACACGAAUUCCGAAGAAAUACCGGACCCGUCGGCGUUGGUCCUGCCCGGCUACAACCUCCCCGAAAACAUCUUCAACCACGGCAAACCAUUCUACGUGGAAAAAGACCCGGUAACCGGGAAACUAGACUUCGACCAGAAGUCGCCGUCCCUCCAACAGGACGACGACUUUUACGACUAUGUCGACGAUGAGCGAGGCGGGGGCGGCGACAUCUAUGACAAAUCGAACAUCGAUCGGAAAGACGGAAGCGUCGCCAGCCACAAGCGUAACGACGUCAACCAACUGACGCCAAACUUUCACGAUUUCCUCAACCUACCCGUGAAAUACAACCCGCAGAAAUACGUCUACCCGCUAAUAUCGAGCUCGUACGCGAGCACCAAGAUCCAGGGCAGCGUUAACAAGCUGCACAACCACAAGGACUACCAGGCGAAGACGCCCAGUACCAAAAAACCGACGGCGAGCCCGACGUACUACACCACCGGCUCGUAUUUUAAUCCGAGAACCACGCAGAGGACGGUCAGCACCACAUCCGUCACUACUUCCACCGCACCGACCACGAGAAGAUACCCGGAAAUCUACCUCACGACUACGACGGUGCCCAAUAUUCUCAAUUCCGGCAUGUCUCAUCCGAGUUUCAACGCUGAAUACGAGUAUUACGACAGUCAGGAAACCACCACCACCACCGGUAAGCCUGCAACAUCCAAGGUACCGCCCACCAUCACCAGUACCACGAAGAGAACGCUCAGCUUAUUCGAACAACUGUUCGGCGAUUACGACGAGACGGUGACGACGACGCAGAAGAGCAAACCGCCACCUCUCUUCGCCAAUUUACCCAACAAAACCGCCACUACUACGACGGAGGCGCCCAAGAACGUCCUGACGGGAACGAACAUGGGUCUAGAUUCGAGUUACGAAUACGAGGACAAUUACCCCGACGAAAAGUAUGAGGAUAACGUGGCAGUGGAAAACAAAAUCACCAGCGACGAAAGCAACCUAAAGGUCGAACCGCUGGUACCGAAGACGACCACACCGGAAAUUCAUACCGAGAUCAACGCGGUCGACGAGAAAUCGACGACAACGACGACGACUACCACCACCACGACGACCACCCCGUUACCCACGACCAUCAGUACGACGAGGGUUACUUCUCUUCCCCUUGGUGACAAUCAUAUCCACGCUCCGGGAGUUAACCCCGACCCCAUCAUAGUGGCAACCCAGAACCUGCGCGAGAAGCUAAACGGCGAAAAGGUCCCGGAACAGCAGCCGCCAUCGCGCCUCGCACCCAGCAAGAGCAGCAUCCACAUAGCCCCCGAUCAGGACACUGUAUCCUUCGUGGUAGGCAACCAGCAGAGCGUCGAGGGUGGCCAUUACGUCGGCACUUCCCUGAAAGAGAGCCCGUACGACAGCAACCCCUUCAGGCCUCUUUACGGUCAACACGCGACCUACAGCAACAACGACAUCGAAGCUCCGCCCAUCGAAAGCGCGAUCACCAUCCAACCGCUAAAGAAUUCCGAGGCGUCGUUGGCCAUCGGUGUACCGGUGAACAACGUCAAGCAGGUAUCCGGUCAGGUUGUGGACGAAAAACCCAACGUUCCGAGCUCCGGCUCGAAUAAGAUCGUGUUCCCCCAGGACAACGCACAACCGAACCGAGAAGUACUCAAAUUAAACUCGAAACCCAUGUACCAUCAACUGCCGAGCGACUUGACCCCACCCAAACAGAAGGAAUCGUUGCCGUCGAGGUUCGAUCGACCAAUACGACCUCCGUGGGACCCGAGACCUGGACACUUCUACAGCGGUACCCCCGAGUACGCGAGACCCCCGAGGCCGCGUCCCGAAGUGGCGUACAAGAGAAUCGACAACUUGCCGAACAUUCUGCCACAGUUUAGACCCAACGCGAAGCACCAUCCCCCACCACCGCCACCCUACUACUUCGACAAACGUUUAAAUAGACAACCAUUGCUGGAAAGGCCGUCCAACAGGCCCGUCGGCUACUUUGAGAAAAUGGCGCCUCCCAGGCCGUACCUAAGGAAAAACACUCAAUAUCUGGAUGAAAGGAGACCCUCGCUCAACCUGCAGCGCCUUGACGAGAUUCAAGCAGAGGACAGGAUUUUCAACGGUGAGCAGGCCAAGCCAAACGGGCCCCGUAUCCAAGACCUGAACCUCUACCAGACCCCGCCCAACGUGCAGAUCGCCAAUAGGCGACGUAGCGACGUGGAAGCCGAAGUCGAGACUCUCCAGAUGAUACAGGCCAAGAACGGCAAAGAUAAAGCAGAGGAACAACCCCAGGACACGGUACGAGUGACAGUCGAGACCGCGCCCAAAGAAGACAAGACCAUCUACAAGGUGUACCCGGUGAACACCGCGCCGAUCAAACUGGACGCGAUCGAUAUGGAAAAAAAAGAGGGCGUGGUGAUCGGGACGAUGGCGGAGAUGCCGCUGCCGCCGUCUAAAAUCGACAACGACUUCAACUACGAGCAGCAGGACAGAAACGACGCGCCCGUUUUGAAACCGCAUCCGAAACCGUCGUUUCCGGUCAAGUCGAACUUUCCGUACCACUUGGAGAGACCGAGCGAUUCGGCUGACGGUUUCGUCAAUCCCCACGUAUUGAGUAACCAGUGGAACAGUAUCGAGGAAGGGUCGGAGCCGAAAGUCGGCACCGAUAAACCUAUCGCUGUGGCGUAUACCCCGACCGAGUCGCACCUAAAUAUAGAUAAAUAUUCGAUGCCCAAUUACGGAAGCCCGGUAAUUCCAGAGAUCCGACCGGGAUCGUUGGACAUCGUGCCGGAGCAGUACCGCCACCAGUUUAAUCAUAAGAGCGACACUUUGGAACCGGUAGCUGUCGAACACCAGGACUUCCAGGCACCAUUCCAGGCAAGUCUCAAGCUGGACACGGCCAUAAAUCAAGGAUGGCACGUGGUUAGAGGGAAGAACAGAACGACGCCGACCGAAGCGACGGAGACGACGACGUUACCGCUCGCGACGACCAGCGAGUUCGAUAUAGAAAACUUUAAACCACAGCUCAUAGGCGGGUUCAAGCCACUGUACGCUCCCGCGGAAGAGCCGUCGAACGAACGACAGGAAAAGUAGGGUUAGGUUAAGUGGGUUUAUGGGGUGGGAUGCGGGCUAUCGGAGGCGCUUAGUGUG